AUGUCGGUCCCUCACACAGAUGUCGACGUCACAUUUCCUCAUUAUACCUCUCUGCCACCAUACUUCGGCAACCAUCCACCAGCUCUCGAAAAGAGAGAUCACCACGAUCCAACCUCCGAGAAGACUAGUAGUACCGGCGCCUACGAACUGCAGGCUCGCACCGAUACCGACGACGAAUCGAAAUACGGCUUCUGGGGCGAAUUGGAUGAGACUAAGAGUCCGUCUGAGAUGGAGCGACUGUUCAUGAGCGCAAUAGCCAAACUCUGCUUCUAUUUGUGUGCAUAUUGCGUCCUUAUGUUGGGUGGUGCCUUUGGCCUCUACUUCGCUUUCGAACUUGCCUUCGGCCGUUAUGGGCUAGGCACAGGGACGGCCAUUCACAGAGACCAGCUCCCACCAAGCACAUCGUAUGGGAUCAAAUUCUGCCUCGAGUCGCCGAACCGCGAAGCACCUAGUGCGCAGGCCUGGCGCUACAUGAGAGCAGCUACUGGCGACUGUUGUGCGACCGAUACCAUUGACUUCAUCCUCGACUCCAAGGAAACAUGGAAGGUUCAGCCGGGUGCUAUUCUGGUCUUGCAAAAUGAGGAGCCAUAUCUUGAUCAACUCAAGAAGACGCAGACGCCCACAGUCUCCCGAGAGCAAGUACAGGUUCCUUAG